CUAUCCCGGUUCCCCUCCCCAGAUCCCCAUCCCGGAUCCCCUCCCCGGAUCCCCCUCCUCCUGGAUCCUCUUCCCGGUUCCCCAUCCCAGUUCCCUCCCCAGAUCCCCAUCCCGGUUCCUCUCCUCGGUUCCCUGCCCGGUUCCCCAUCCCGGAUCCCCAUCCCCGUUCCGUCCCCAGAUCCCCAUCCCGAUUCUCCUCCCCCGUUCCCUAACCGGUUCCCCAUCCCGGAUCCCCACCCCCGUUCCCCUCCCCGGAUCCCCUGCCCGGUUCCCCGGCCAUAGCCGCCCCUGUUCCCGGUACCGAUGUCUCUCAGCGUGGCGGUGCGGCGGCUCUCGGGGCUGCCGGGGCGCGGGGAGCGCCAGGUCCAGCUCCGGUUCCGAGGCUGCGCCCAAAGAACCAGGAGGGUCCGCGGCGGCGCCGAGGCCGAGUUCGGGGAGCUCUUCCACUGGCCGCACUACGGGAAGCUGGUGAUGGGGGAGCUGCUCUCCAUCAAGGUGUACAACUGCAGCAAGGUGUUCAGUAACAGGCUUCUCGGUACCCUGGUCCUCAGCCUUCAGCACCUGAUGACAUCCGGGAGGCUGAUCCUGCGGGAGGCCCUUGUGGACCGGAACCACAGAGUCACUGGUAUCUACAUUGAGUUGGAUUUGCGCUACCAGCCUCCAGAUGGAUCAGCAGGGACCUGGUUUGAAGAGGACUUUGUCUAUCAGAUGAAAGACAGUUCGAAGUUAAUCAUCUGCAAUCCUGGGUUUGAGGACCUGGAGGCAGCAGAGGGGCCACGAGCAAGCGAGCUGGACAGGAGGGCUGCCGCGCUGGGCAGGAAGCUGGUGAAAGGCCUGGACACUGAUGAGGAAGAGGAAGAGGAGGAGGAAGAUUUCUACGAUGUGUCUGAGAUGGAGGUGUCAGGCGUUGUCUUCAGCCCGGUGAAGAGCCGCUCCAGACUUUGCUCCGCACGGGACCUCUUUGCCACCCCAACCCCACAGAGCUUCCAGGUUGGGAUUAAUAUCAUUGAAGCACAGAAGCUGGUGGGGGUGAACAUUAACCCCUUUGUGGUAGUCAAGGUUGGAGAGGAGAAGAGGCACACGGCAACACAGAAGUCAACAAACUGCCCGUUCUACAACGAAUAUUUUUUGUUUGAAUUCCGUGAGCCAAGGGACGUUUUAUUCCACAGACUCAUAGAGAUCUCAGUUUUUCACUCAAAGAAGAUCCCAUUCCUGGGAACGUGCAUAGGGACAUUCAAGAUGGACAUUUUGACAGUGUACAGCCAGCCAGAUCACAGGUUUUUUCAGAAGUGGGCUGUUAUCAGUGACCCCACAGACACCCGGGCAGGUGUGAAGGGCUUUGUGAAGUGCAACAUCUCUGUCACUGCACGUGGGGACAUUGUGAGCUCUCUUCCCACCUCCUCCAGCAGCCAGGAUGUGGACAUUGAAAGGAACCUGCUGCUGCCUAAGAGAGUCCCUGCAGAGAGACCCUGGGCCAGGGUCUUCAUCAAGCUGUAUCGUGCUGAGGGCCUGCCCAGCAUGAGUGCAGGCAUCAUGGGGAGCUUCUCCAAGAUCAUAGGGGAGAAAAAAGUCUUUAUCGACCCAUACGUGCAGGUCUCGUUCUGUGGGCAGCAGGGUGAAACAUCAGUGGAGACCAACACCACCGAGCCUGAGUGGAAUGAGCAGAUCAGUUUCAUCGAGAUGUUCCCACCUCUGGCCAGGAAGAUAAAAAUCCAGGUGUUGGAUGAUGCGAAUGUUGGUGAUGUGGCCAUUGCUACGCACUACAUUGACCUGCAGCAGAUCUCAGACCCUGGCAGGAAUGGCUUUAACCCCACAUUUGGCCCAGCCUGGGUGAACCUGUACGGCUCCCCCCAGAACUCAACCUUGCGGGACAUCCACAAGGACCUCAAUGAGGGAAUGGGUGAGGGGAUCUUCUACCGUGGGCGCAUCCUUAUGGCCAUCACAGUGGAGAUCUUCAGCAGCCCUAGCGUGGCAGAGAGGAAGCUUGGGGACAAGGUGAAAGGUCCCCUAAGCAAACUGAAGCUGAAGAAGAAAAGUAAGAAGACCAAGGAGAAAGCCAAGGAGCUGAGCCAGAUGCAGGCAGAAGAGGAGGCUGGGGGACCUCAGGAGGCCGAGCAGCCUGGAGAGGUCACUGUGGAGGUGGAAGACCUUCAUCCACUCCCUGAGAACGCGUUGGGGAGGAAGGAGGAAUUCUUUCUCUUCGCUGCCUUCUUUGAAGCCACUAUGAUGGAUUCCUCGCUCACUUCCAAGCCUGUCAGCUUUGAAGUCUCUAUUGGGAACUAUGGCAAAACUGAAGAGUUUAUGACCAAAGCACAGAGAAAAGUGGAAAAGAGAGAAGUGGAAGAAGAGAAGCAGUCUUUGCUGGACCCUGCUUCAGAUGAUGAGCUGGAUGUUGAGGUCCUGGCCCCGCCUUCAGCAGCACUGAACAAGUCGGUGACGAAGAGCCAGAGACCAGAGCCCACAGAAUAUGAUAGGUCAUACAGCUGCCUGCCCAUGGUGCAUGAGAAGCCCUGCGUGUAUGUGUGGAGCUACUGGGAGGAUCACACCUGGAGACUCUGCAUUUCCAACUGGAUUGUGAAGCUGGCAGAGCGCCUGGAGCAGGGGCUGGAUGACGUGGAGAAGCUCAUGAAAAGGCCAAAGGCUAAAGCGGAGGAGCGGCUCAGAGAGGUGCUGGAGGAAUUUGUAGCUGGAUGCAGGCAAUAUUCCCUCAGUGCAGAGAGAAAAGCCAUGGCACAUCCAAACAACCUUGACAAAUAUCGGAUGAAAUACCUGAUGCGCAACAUCAUCCUGAGUGCAAAGCAGGGGCUCCGUGUGAGGCGGUGGCUGACCCGAGCCAACAUCAAGGAGAAGGUUAAGGAGACGAGGAGGAUCCUGACAAAGCUACGCUUCAUGGCUAAAGAGCCCCAGUGCACCCUCCCUGAUGUCCUUGUCUGGAUGCUCAGCAACAACAGGCGUGUGGCUUAUGCAAGAGUUCCUGCACAGAACAUCCUCUACUCAGUAGUUGAAGAGGAGAAAGGCAAGGACUGUGCAAAGAUCCAGACUGUCUUUAUGAAGGUCCCUGGCCUACACACUGGUGAGAUCUUUGCCAAACUGGAGAUCUACAUGUGGCUCGGGGUAACGAAAUAUGCCAAGAACUGUUUGGCAGAGCUGCCUGAGGAGUUCAAGUACCUCUCUGAGAGCGGGCAGGAGAUAGCCCAGCUCUCGGCCCACAGUCCUCCCAGCCGGCUCAGCAGGGAUGAUUUCAGCUAUUUCCAGCUCCGAGCCCAUUUGUAUCAGGCUCGAGGGAUCCUCCCUGCAGAUGACAAUGGCCUUUCAGAUCCAUUUGCGAGAGUGGUGUUUUCGACUCAUUGCCAGACCACCAGGAUGCUGGAGGAGACACUGAGCCCCAUGUGGAACGAGCUGCUUCUGUUUGACCAGCUCAUUGUUGAUGGGAAAAAAGAAGAGUUGAAAACAGAGACCCCCAUCAUUAUAGUCAACGUUUUCAGCCACAAUAAAUUUGGCUACCCCGAGUUCCUCGGCCAGGCCUUUGCGGUCCCGCAGGUGAAGCUGGUUGAUGAGCUGUAUGCCAGGCCUGCCCUGCAGUUCUUUGAUAUCUACAAAGGCACCAAAGCAGCGGGAGAGCUCAUUGCCACCUUUGAGCUGAUUGAGCUGGAUUACAGUGGCUAUUUGGAGCCAUCAGUGCCUGAGGAUGUGGAGCCCAAGGAACCUGACUACUUGGGAGACCCCUGUGCUGGACGAUUCAUCAUCCCUGAGGGCAUCCGCCCAGUGCUGAAGGAGUUUCGCAUAGAGAUCCUGUUCUGGGGCCUGCGGGACCUGAGGCGGGUGAAUUUGUUCGAGGUGGAUCAGCCCCAGGUGAUCAUUGAAUGUGCUGGCAAGAAGGUGGAGUCAGAGGUGAUUGUGGGCUACAAAGAGAACCCCAACUUCACUGAGCUGGUCAAAUACAUGGAUGUGGAGCUCCCAGAGCAGGUCUACCUGCACCCUCCUCUCAGCAUCUUUGUGGUGGAAAAACGAGCGUUUGGGCGCACUGUGCUGGUGGGUACCCAUGUUGUGUCUGAUGUGAUGAAAUUCUCUCCCAGAGAGCUGGAGGAGGAACCAGAAGACAUGCCGAAAGCUGAAAAAGUCUCAUCCCAGCGUCUUCCCUCUCAGACUGUGAUAAACAUCGGUGGUGACCCAGGGCCCAGUGCUCACCCCCUGAAUCUUAUGAAGGCUCCUUUGAAGAAAAUUCCUAUCAAUAAGCUUGUAAAGAAGAAAGAGGAAUAUGAAGAGGAAAAACCAGACCUGGAAGAACUGGAUUGGUGGUCCAAGUACUACGAGUCUCUAAAGGAGCUGUAUAACCAGACUCGCAGCGAUGAGGAAGAUGCUGAGAAUGAUGACCUGAAUGAUGCAGAUGGAAGGAAUUUGAAUGCAUCCUCCAUUGACAUAGAAGCAGAAGAUGAGGCAGUAAUUGAAGCUGAACCUGCUCGACCCAAGAGAAAGCUCAUCGCCACCCUUCAGAUCUACAACUCUGAGCUGGAAAAUGAGUUUGGCAAUUUUGAAGACUGGCUGUGUGUUUUUCCACUCCAUCGUGGCAAAGCAAAUGAGAAUGAAGAUGGAAAUGAGGAUGAGCAUUUUGUGGGGAAGUACAAGGGGUCCUUCUAUGUCUACCCCACUGAUGAAGCUGGCACAGAGCACAAAGUCUCCAAGGGUGUUCCAAGGAACAGACCCAUCAAGGUUCUUGUAAGAGUUUACGUUGUUAAGGCUACGAACCUGUCUCCAGCAGACCCCAAUGGCAAAGCGGACCCCUACGUGGUGGUGACCGUGGGGCAGGAACAGAAGGACACAAAGGAGCGAUACAUCCCGAAACAGCUCAAUCCUGUGUUUGGAGAAGUUGUGGAGUUCACCGUCUCCUUUCCUGUGGAAUCAGAACUCACUGUGGCAAUAUUUGACCAUGAUUUGGUUGGAUCUGAUGAUCUGAUUGGGGAGACGAAGAUUGACUUGGAGAAUCGAUUCUACAGCAAGCACAGGGCCAACUGUGGAGUGGCUUCUCAGUAUGAUGUAAAUGGCUACAACAUGUGGCGAGACGCUUUUAAGCCCACUCAGAUUUUGGAUAGUUUAUGCAAGAAAAACUCGCUCCCUGCAGCGGAGUACAGGCGGGAGGAGGUCAAAGUGGACAACAAAAUAUUCAAGGUCCCUCCAGAGGCUUUUCCUGAAGCUGGCUUUGCCCUUCAGAGAAGCUCUCCGCUUCUGGUGGCUUUGGGUGCCUUGGAGGCCUCUGUGAGGAACAAGCGAGGAGUGACAGAUGAGAACUGGUCAGUGGAUGAUGAGCACAAGGCUUUGUACGUCCUGCAGCACUGGGAAGAGAUGCCAGGAUAUGGCUACAAGCUGGUACCAGAGCACGUGGAGAUUCGGUCCCUGUACAACCCGGAGAGCCCUGGCCUUGUGCAGGGCUCCUUACACAUGUGGAUUGAUAUGUUUCCAAAGGACGUCCCUGCACCACCGCCAGUCAACAUCAAACCACGACUGCCCAUCAGCUAUGAGCUUCGUGUGAUUAUCUGGAACACGGAUGAUGUGAUCCUUGAUGAUGUCAACCCAAUAACUGGAGAGCCUUCCAGCGACAUCUAUGUGAAAAGCUGGAUAAAGGGUCUUGACCACAACAAGCAGGAGACGGAUGUUCACUUUAACUCCUUGACUGGGGAGGGCAAUUUCAACUGGAGGUUCGUCUUCCGCUUCAACUAUCUCCCGACUGAGAAGGAGAUCAGCUACAAGAAGAAGGAUUCUGUCUUCUCUGUGGAGGAAUCAGAGUUUCGGGAACCAGCUGUUCUGGUCCUCCAGGUCUGGGAUUACGACAGGAUUUCAGCUAAUGACUUUCUAGGCUCCAUCGAGCUGAAGCUGCAUGAUAUGGUGCGGGCAGCCAAGAGCUCGGAGCAUUGCACCAUCAAGAUGGCCAAGGAGAACGCAACACCUCGCUUCUCCAUCUUCCGAAACAAGCGCAUGAGGGGCUGGUGGCCCUUCAUCAAACUCAAAGAUCAGGAAGACGAGGAGAGAGAGGAGAGGAAGCACAAGCGGAUGAAGAAGAAAAAGAGGUGGAGCAGCUCACUCAGACCAGAGGAUGUGGAGUUCACAGACCCCAGUGGCAACAAGUACAUCCUGACGGGUAAGGUGGAAGCAGAGUUGCAGCUGCUGACUGUGGAGGAAGCCGAGAAAAGUCCUGUUGGCUUGGGGCGCAAAGAGCCUGAACCCCUGGAAAAGCCCAACCGGCCAAAAACUUCUUUUAACUGGUUUGUGAAUCCUAUGAAGACCUUUGUGUUCUUCAUCUGGAAGCGGUACAAGAAAUAUAUCAUUGCACUCUUCAUUGUCGCUCUUCUGACCAUCUUCCUGAUUCUUUUGAUCUACACCAUGCCUGGAUACAUCAGUGAGAAGAUCAUCAAUGGAUAAAUGCUCUCCAGCACAGAACUACUCAGAGACGGGGGUGUUUAUUGGAAGAAUUGAGACUGGGCCAGAAUGUUUGAGACAGUCCUGCAGGUGUAAAGGCAACCUUCAGAGUGAGAGACCUGCCGAAGUGGCCUCUCUUUGUGGAGCUACGUUUCAUGCUAAGUGCCCAUGAGAUCUUAAGAAACCAAGUAACCGGCCUACUCCAUAUGGCAAACUCUCUGAACGACAGAUACAGCUUUGGAAAAAGAA